AUGGCGCCGCGGUUGUCCAAGCCGAGAGCCACGGCCAGUGGGCGCGCAAAGACCCCCCUACCAGCAGCGACAGAAACCGAGAGUAGAAAAGCAACCAAGCGGCCAGCUUCAGACCAGGGAGGCGCAAGCAAGACUGCCAAGACCACGCUGCUCCCAGCAGAGCCUGGCAAAGUGAAACUCAUAGCUGCGCAGCCUCCAAACACCCCGGCCGAAGUCACGCUGGCUUCUGACUGCUCUGGUCUUUGCACUGAAGGGCCAGCGGUGCGAGUGAACUUGCCUUCAUCUGUCAAUGUGAAGCACAUCUACACUUCUGAAAUUGAUUCCAACUUCAGGAAAUUCAUUUCUGAGUUUGUCAAGCCCCAGCAGUUGGAGAACGACAUGGAGAACACAUUGCAUCUUGGGCGUGUGUGGUUUGAUGUUGACCUUUACGCGGUCGGCAGCCCAUGUCAAAGUUGGAGUCUUGCCGGUAGUAAGUCUGGGGCUGCAGAUUCCAGAGGCGGUCUCAUGGCUCUGAUCCCUUUUCAAAUUGAAAAGCACAAGCCUCGCAGCUUUAUCUCCGAGAAUGUAAAGGGCCUCCCGUCACUCUUUCCCAAGGAAUUCAACUGGCUGAUCCAAGCUUUGAGAGACAUUCAGCUUCCCAAUGGUGAGCAAUGCUACAAUGUUUAUUACAAGCUGCUGGACACACAGCACUUCGGAAUUCCGCAGCACCGCGAACGGGUCUAUAUCAUCGGUAUUCGCCGAGACGUGCAAGUGAAGCACUUUGAGUGGCCAGUGCCUUUCAAGGAGCGGCUCACGCUCAAGCAGCUCCUUGGCAAUCCUGCCAUGGAAUGGAAGUGCAACUUGCGGGAGAAGACACACGAUGUCGACGGCUCAGCUCUAUCCAGCACAGCCCGCAAGAACUUGAUCCAGUUUCAAGACUUUUUGGACAAGAAUCCGGCCAAACAAGACUCUGACUUCAUUGUCGACACAGGCGGUUCUUCAGCAACUUGGAUGGAGGACAAAUGCCCCUGCCUCACUGCCACCAGAUGCAAAGGAAAGCAUUGCUACUGGUGGCAUCAAGGCCAGAGGUUCCUCACCCCGACAGAUUUUUUUUUGCUUCAAGGCGUGUGGCCUGGGGCUUACAAGCCUGGAGAUGUUGAAGAACUUCAACGUUUUCCACAAAGGGUAUUAGGACAUAUGAUUGGCAACGCCAUGUCUGUUUGUGUAGUGCGACGCUUAGUGCGAUGCAUUUUCCAAGCACGUGGCAUUCUUUGA